AUGCCUUUACAGCGUAAACUACAUCUCCCAGAAUGCACGACACGGACAGCAGGGUCGGGCAUUUGUUAUUUAUGCAAGUUCAAUGCUUUCCAUGCAGAGUCGAAGAAGCCUCUGCACAGAGAGUGUGGCUUCAUCCGAAUGCAGCCGGGAACCAACAGAGUGGCAUUCAUCAUUGCACAGAACUCAGGUCUGGUGGAGAUUGAGGAGGGAGAGCUGACAGGGCAGCAGCUGAACCUGCAAAGCCAGACUCUGGGCAGGAUCUCUUUUGCCAAGAAGCCGCAUGUACAGCAGAUCUCUCGAGUGUUUCAGCUCUGACCAGAUGGGAGACUGGAGCAGACAGUUUCCAUGGCAACAGACAACCAGUCACUGAUGCAGCACUUGCACAUCACCUACCGUCGGUCAUCUUGACCCAAACAGGCUCCCAGGCUUUGGAGAAUAAAUGACAAAUGUUGCUUAAAAAAGAUCAUUAAUGACAGAUGACCCAGAUGGUAAAGAUUUAUACUAGUAGGAAAUAACUUUCUAAUUUAAUUAUUUAAAUAAAGUUAAGUGUAAUUAUAAAUAAUAAUGUUUGCAUAAACGCAGUAAAAACUGAAAGACGUUAUUAACCAGGAAGCUUUGUUGGUAUCUGAGCUGAGUGUCAGUUACAAAAGAUUUAAGUUAGUCAAAUUCAAACAUUUAAUUUCACAUUGUAUUUAAAUUACAUUGUUAAACUUAUAGGUGCUUUAAUUGUGUUCAUAUGAAUCGUCCAGAUAUUUAAUAUUUAAGUUGUAAAAGAUGAUGAAUUUGUGUUAAGUAUAUCAUUGUCUUAUCUUUAACCUUCAUUGCACUAAAAUUGAAAGGAAAAGUACCUGUGUUUUUUCUAGAGUCAAUGCACUGUCUGCAGGGAGGGAGAUUCAGAGUUAAAGGGAUUUGUUCUCAUACUGGAUGACAUUGAAUGUAAAAGUAUGAUUAAUGCCAGAAAAUAUGACUUUGAGGUUUACAGAGUUGCUUUCAUUUGUUUCAAUAUGUCCAUGUGUUCUGUCCUGCUGGAUUUAAUGUUUCUUGUAAACUGCAAAGAAGUCUUCCUUCUGAAUAAUAAUUAAAAAUU